CCUGGCUCUCCAGAAGAAACCUCACUUCCAAGAGAUUUCUCGAAGAAGAAACGUGUGCGCGUUUAAGUUAAUUUUUUUGAAAAAAAAGUGUGUUUUAAAAUUUUAAUUUUUAACAAUGGAACAAGGAAUGGUCGCCUUUUUUGAGUUCGUGGGGCUAAUCCCGGUAGCAACGGAGCGGGCAACCAUCAUACGCGUCGCGAAAGAAAUCGUGCGGCGCCAACGGGUGAAUUUGGGGAAUGCGGACGUCGCGUUUCCCCAGUGGAUCCGUCUGACGGCAACCCUCCAGUUAUGGGAAGAGAUGCUGGACCUCGAGGACCAAUUCCUUGACGGCUUGAGGAUCCGCCCGGAACCAGCCAGGUGCGGAUGUGCUGUGUGCGUCAGGGGGGGGGCUCCAGCCUUCCAACCUCCUCCUCCGCCACCCCAAGAGUUUCCGUUCAAACCAAGGGAGUACGUUCCAGAAGCCGUCGGUAAUCCGGAGUAUUAUUACCCGCGGUACACGGGAUAUGCCGCAAAUCCAUCGCCGCCCGUGUACGCGGAACUCCAGCCAGUUAACCGGCCCACCGCGGAGCCGUCCCUUAGCCAAAACAGGGACGGCCAAAGGAAAGGGGCAGUUUCCCCAGUACCCUCCGCCCUGAGACCCCAUCAAGGCCCGCUAUGGUAG